GCCGAGUUGAUGUGGACCCGAGAUUUCAGAUUAAAACAACAUGUUAGCUGGUUGAAAUUAUCAAAAUGACCCCAUUUGUUAGUUGACUUAUUCUCAGGAAUGAAAUGUCUAUUUUAUCCUUUGGACACUAAAAUGCCCUUACAGUUCCAUUGUUUUAUUCCUUUUAUUACUCUAUCUUCGUCCGUUUUCCUUUGGAAAGAUUGAGGAGUUCGUUUAUUUCUCUAGCAGUGAUAGCUCAAAGUAUCAGCCAAUUAAUUUUGCUAGAAAUUCAAUUGAUACUAAAACUCCAUUAGACAACUCAUAGAAGAAGAUUUCUAGUUUUGUUGGUUAAAAUUCAAUGAAGAUGUGCUCAAAGAUUGUCAGCUGAUUACGAGGGCCACUGAUAAAUCCAGUAUGUGUUCAUAUAUAGAAAACUCUGGUUUAGGUCCUCAGAUUGAAAGUUCUGAUGCUUUGGAUUUAUGGAAUCGCAGUUGGUUUUCAACAAACCAAUUCUUACUUGAGGUUAUUUUCCAUAACAGAAUGACGAAAUACAAGUGCUUAACCAAUGAAUUGACCCUCGUCUCUGCUAUUUUUGUGCCAUAUUAUGCUGGUCUGGACCUUCGCUAUCUAUGGGGAUUUAAUACCUUUAUGAGAGAUUCAUCUGGCCUUGAUUUGGUUAAAUGGCUUGCUGGAAAACCUGAAUUGAAAAGAAUGCAGGGUGAGGAUCGUUUCCUGAUUUCAGGGCGGAUUGCUCGCGAUUUCAGGAGACAAUCAAACAGGAAGUCUGAUUGGGGCAGCAACUUCAGGUUCCUGCCAGAAUCUGAGAAAAUGUCCAUGUUGACAAUUGAAUCAGGAUCCUGGAAAUAUGAUUUUGCUGUACCAUACCCCACAUACUUCCAUCCUUCAACAGAUACAGAUGAUUUUCAAUGGCAGGAACUCAUGAGAAUCCAAAACCGGCCUUUCUUAUUCUCCUUUGUUGGUGCCCCAAGAUCCAGACAUAAAGGCUUAAUAAGGAGUGAGAUUAUCAGGCAACGUCAAGCUUCGAACAAUUUAUGCAAUUUAGUAGACUGUGGUUCCAUUGGGGAUAAAUGUGAUAAUCCAGUUAAUCUGAUGAAGCUGUUUCAAAGUUCAGUGUUUUACUUGCAACCUCUAAGGGAUUCAUUGACAAGAAGGUCAACUUUUGAUUCCAUUUUGUCUAGUUGUAUUCCACUCUUUUUCCAUUCAGGGAGUGUGUUCAUAUCACCAAAGAAAUUGAGACUAGGAAAAGCUCGCAUCAACCAGACGUUGCUUCAAGGUUCGAAGGAUGAAGAAUUAGCAAUGAGAGAAGAGGUCAUAAGAUUGAUUCCAAGGAUUAUUUAUGCCGAUUCCCGGUCUAGAUUUGAGACUGUUGAAGAUGCAUUUGAUUUAGUAAAGGGAAUUCCAAAGAGAAUAGAGACAUUAAGAAAGGUAAUUCUCACAGAAUUUGUACAUUUAGCGAUUUACUUUGAUCACCAAAGUAUGCAACUGCCACCAUGCGUGCUAGCCUUGAGCCAGCAAUGUGGAGGCACUUUUAGCUUCCAAAGUCAAUUUAUGCCAAGUGGAUGA